AGAACUGGUGUGCCUUGCAAAGACAAAGGAAAGUGACGCAGACUCCACCACAGGGCUCAAAUGGACACAAAGAGCAAAGAAGAGGAGAACACUUUCAAUCAAAAACGACUUAAGGUCUCAUCAGGAGGACAAAUGGACAUGGAUUUAAACUCAGAAAACUCCUCAAAUGGCUUCUCAACACAGAUCAACUUGGAGAAGUUGCACAAGAUGGCUGCAGAGCUGAUACUGCUGGGAAAAUUCCUCCUGAAACUCCUGAAUGCUGCUCUGGUAUUUGUAACAGACUUACUGGCCAGGAUUUUAGGAAGCAAACUGGUGAGAGGACACUUCCACCUGAUGCUGUCUGCGUUGGUGCUGUUUGGUCCUGUGCUCAGCCUCUGGGUGCCAAAAUACAGCAUCUUCGCUAACAGCAACAACUACCUGUACAGGAAGUUCCUGAAGUCCACUUUGGGCUGGACCUGCAUCUUCUCAGGUUCCUUCAUCCUUCUCCUCUCCAUCUCAGCCCGUCACCCUCGCUCUCUCCUCCUGCGCCACCUCUCCCGGAUAGGUGUGGUGGGGCUGCUGUGGUGGGUCUGUCAGCGUCUCCUCACCCUGCUAGAGGACGCAUCAGGAACCUGUUAUGAGCCUUUGACCCCUGCCCGGGAUAUCCAAGGCUCCUCGGUACAGCUGCUCCUGCAUGAAGACCGCACAAAGCUCUCCUGCCUCAAAGCCAACAUGGUGUGGAGAGGUUACGAGGUGUCCCAGGACGUGCUCAUCGUCUGCUUGUGUUGCCUGCUGCUUGUGGAGGAAAUGUCUGUGUUUGGGCCUCACCUAGCUCAAGGCAAGAUGUCACCUGGAGCCCCUUUGAGGUUCAUCUUCCUCCUGUGUGUAGUCCUUCUCUCUCUAUCGAUGUUCCUGCUGCUGUGUUUGCUUGCACACUUCCCAAAGUUCCCCGCCCAGCAUCUAGGAGGAGCUCUGGGCUACCUGGGAUGGAGGGUACUCUAUCAGGGGUGGUACAGACUCAAACCGAGCUGGGGCUGUCCUGCUUUGCCGGGAGAGGGGCUUUUUACCACUACGGACACCCACAAACCUCAGUCGUUUAAAAAGCCUCAAUAGAUCAUGUUAUAGGGACGCUACAGUAACCUUUAAAGCUCAGGCUCAAGUCAAAAUGGCAUCUGUUAAGGGUUGUGUAGAGAUGAUACAACACCAUAUAUCUCUGGCACCAUAUGAAUAUGCAAAUGACUACAAAUACACAGAAAAGUUCCUGGAGAUCAUUUUAGCAUCCUCAGGAAUGAAUGCUUUCAGUCCUAACUGCCUGUACGGGAAUGACAAUCAGAAAAGGUGCUUUGUAUUCUCCACCCUUGGCAUAUGGUAACAUGUUGCAAAAAGACUUUGAAAUGAAUGAAUAUAUAAUAUCGUCACAUGCUUUUACAAAUGAGAGCACAAGGUUUUACGUCAUGGUAAAAAUGUCCAGUUUGAAAUGAGUUUGUUUUUGGUUCCUUUCAUGAAAUGUCAUUUAAAAAAUGUAUGUUGCCGUCCGUGUUGUCCAGGUCUUCCUUUAAAAAGAAAUGAUUAAAUUGCGAUAAAUAAGUCAAUAUUUAUGUGGAACCAGGGUUUAAAUUCCAAUUCAGACAAACAUGAGAGCAGACAAAGUAUCGGAGUAUUUUGCUUUAUUUAGUAAUCUGAAACUAAAUGGAGGCACAAUGAGAAAAUGAAAACAUUUUUGUCAGAGCGGUGUCUUGUUACUCGAGUGUCACACUACACUGGUUGUAUCUUGUUGGAGAAGCCUGAGAGUGUGUUGCAGUCUCAGUAGAUGAGAGCCUUUCCCUCUCCUCUGGGCUUCUUAAUCUUGUCAUAGUUCUUGUUAAUGAUGUCGAACAGCACAGCCUGCAGAGGGAGAUACAGCGAGAGUCAUCAGUGGAAAUGGUGUGCGAGAAAAAAGAUAUUAGAAAGAUGGACGACGUGCGAGGGAGACAGAAAGGUCAGAGGCAGUAAUAAAAGAGAGGGAGACGCUCUGAUCCAGAGCUGUAAUCGCGUCAAACAGCUCCUUUCAUCAUCACCUGUACCGCCUUGUUCAUUAACAGCAUCAAACACAGGAGGACAAUAGCCAGAGGAAGGAGACAAACACUGAUUAAUGGAUUCGAGAUGGAGCGCCAAUCAAUUUUACACAAGAACAGCAAUUAGUUUAAUUACCCUCCUAUUAAGAAGGAACGGAUUCCAUUUAGGCGCUGGAACAAGACUGGAAUAUUUUAUAGAUAGCGGGUAGGUUUAUAUUUAAAGUGCAGAGCGUGAUUACAGCAGAUGGAAACAUUUAACGUUGAUAAAUGUCAUUUACAAUUUCCAGAUGACGCAGACUGUGAUGACGUCAAAUUGUCCACAGUUGCUAAUUUUAUGCAAUUUCAAAAAUCUGACCCAUUUCCACAUUUCUCUUCACUGAAUUAAAAAUGAAAAGAGUCUUACAUAUGUGUUGCGGAUGUCCAGGACUGCGAGGCGGAGCUCACAGUACUGAUACCGAUCCAGCUCAUGGACCAGCUGUCUGUAGUCUCCCUGCAGCAGAGAGCACACAGCACAGAGCUUAUAUGCAGAAACACACAAUGCACGGCUCAUCCAGUUCCAGAUUUACUCAGAGCAGAACAUUUGUUAUAACAAGCCAUUAUUUUACACACAAAUGGAGCAUGCAGUGUUCAGAUGGCAGACAAUGAAAAUAUUGAAUCAUCAUUUUUAAAUAGGAAUGUGUGAAUAAUGACAAACACUUGUUACCACUCUGACAACAGACAUAUUAGACAUUAGAUACUGACCACGUGGGUUUGCUUGGAGGCUUUGGCCACAGCAUCACCUCUCUCAUUGUAAUAUCUAAUAAACAAACAAAAAGAACAGUAACAAGUCAUAACCAGGAUAUAAUACUGCCUGAAAAUCCCUAAAUGUUCAAAUAUAUUACAAUUCUGAAAUCUAACUCAUUGUGAUUGAAGAAAGAUUGCAACUUGUGGCGGCUGCAGCUUUAAGUGACAGUUAUACGACAGUGCUAUACACUAGUUUGGGGAUUAGUAAAAAUGGUAGGCUAACACUUCCACACAGAUGAAACGGAUUAACUAUUUGUUGAUGUGACUGCACUUUUUCAUUCUCAUUUAAAUAAAUAAUAAAAGA